AUCGUCACACGUGCAGUGGGUGGGACUAUGACCAGUGGGGGCGGGGCCGCGCGGAGGGUCGCCGGUACACUGUGCCGGUCAUGCUGCUGCACUUUUUCCAGGCCGGGCUCCGCCGCUGCCCGGGCCCCGUCAGGCUCGUCCAUCUCUCCAGCAUCGCCCGCUCUACCCCUGCACCGCCGCGCCUGCAGCUGUACGCUGCCCGCCUCCGAGAUGCUGCCCGCUACUCCACCUGCUGCACUGGCAGAACUGCCACCAAGGGCAGGACGCUGGCUCUCCUGCUGGGCCCGGCCUUUCUGGGUUUGGGUGGGAAGGUCGCCCUGUGCCAGCUGGAGGGGCAGUGCCAGCCGCCCGCCGUGUCCAGGAGUCCAGAACCAGAGUUCAGCUGGACAGAGUUCUGGAAGCUUCUGCGCCCGCAGCUCCUGGCACUGCUGUCAGCCGUCAUUUUGGCUUUCGGCGCAGCGUUGCUGAAUAUACAGAUCCCUCUCAUUCUUGGAGAGCUGGUGAAUGUGGUGUCUCACUACACAAGGGAACAUGCCGGGGACUACCUGCAGGAAAUUCGGGGCCCGGCCAUGAAGCUGCUCUCGUUGUAUGCCGCCCAGGGCUUGCUGACGUGCGGUUAUAUCAUCCUGCUGUCUCGGGUCGGGGAGCGAGUUGCCGGGAGUAUGAGGAAAGCUCUGUUCACAUCUCUUCUGCACCAGGAUGUCGCUUUCUUUGACGCUCAGAAGACGGGGCUCUUGGUGAAUCGUCUCACCUCCGACGUCCAGGAGUUCAAAUCCGCCUUCAAGCAGGUCAUAUCCCAGGGCCUCAGGAACAUCACCCAGACGUUCGGCUGCUUCGUGUCGCUCUAUUACAUCUCCCCGAAGCUGACCGGCCUCCUGGUGGUGGUGAUGCCCGUCCUGGUGGGAGCCGGUGCCGUCAUUGGCUCUUUUCUGCGCGGAUUGUCGCGUCGGGCGCAGGAACAGAUCGCCAAAGCGACGGGUGUGGCUGACGAGGCGAUAGGAAAUGUGCGCACGGUGAGAGCUUUCGCCAUGGAGGACCGCGAGGUGGAGCUGUACUCCGCCGAGGUGGACAAGUCCGCUCACGUGAACGAAGUCCUGGGGAUCGGAAUCGCCGUGUUCCAGGGUCUCUCCAACAUCGCUCUGAACUGUAUUGUCCUGGGAACCAUAUUUGCUGGCGGAUCUCUGAUGGCAGGAAAUGAACUCUCGGCCGGGGAACUCAUGUCCUUCUUGGUGGCUUCUCAGACCGUACAGAGGUCUAUGGCAAACACUUCGGUGCUGUUUGGACAGGUGGUCCGGGGUCUCAGCGCGGGGGGACGCGUCUUUGAGUUUAUGCGUUUACAGCCCGAGAUCCCACUGAGAGGAGGGAAGAAACUUCCGCAGCUGACAGGAGAAAUACGCUUCAGGGACGUCUCUUUCAGUUACCCCACUCGACCGGGUCAAGAAGUCUUGAAGGGUUUUGACUUUCGUGUACCCCCUGGGAAGACCGUGGCCAUCGUGGGACAGUCCGGGGGAGGAAAGUCUACGGUUGCAGCGCUGGUGGAGCGGUUCUACGACCCCGCCCAGGGUACAGUGGAGUUAGAUGGAGUUGACAUCCGUUCACUGGACCCAUCGUGGUUAAGAGGGGAGGUCAUCGGAUUUAUCAACCAGGAACCUGUUCUAUUUGGAACAAACAUCAUGGAAAAUAUUCGCUUUGGACGACCAGACGCCAGUGACGCUGAGGUCCGUGAAGCUGCAAAACUGGCAAAUGCUGAUGACUUUAUCCAGAACUUUCCAGAUGGAUAUAAUACACUGCUAGGUGAGCGUGGAGUCACCCUUUCUGGAGGUCAGAAGCAGCGAGUGGCCAUCGCUCGAGCUCUCCUCAAAGACCCCCGGAUUUUAAUCCUGGAUGAAGCUACAAGCGCACUAGAUGCAGAGUCUGAGCGGACGGUGCAGUUGGCUCUGGAUCGUGCAUCCUCCGGCCGCACUGUGUUGGUCAUUGCCCAUCGGCUCAGCACCAUUGCAGAUGCCGAUAUCAUCGUGGUCUUGUCAAAGGGCCGCAUCGCUGAGAGUGGAACCCAUCGGGAGCUGCUGAGGAAGGGCGGCCUGUAUGCAGAGCUCAUACAGAGACAAAGCCAAGAGUCCUAGAAACAGAUAACAUACCUCAUCCAUCCCAUAAUACAGCUGGAAGACGAUGAAACAAGCUACAUGCAAGGAAAAUGGUCCAAAAAACCAUCACUGUGCGAAAGACAAGACCUCGGACUGCUGCAGAACCUCAUUUCUGUAUGAAGGAGAAGAGAUCUUGACUGCUAUCAUGGUCUGUUACUGCAUACAGGAGAGGAGAUCCUGCCCGAUAUUUUUGGCUAUUACUACAUACAGAAGAGGAGAUCCUUGCUGAUAUUAGUGUCUAUUGCUAUGUACAGGAGAGGAGAUCUUGACUGUUAUUAGUAAUCCAUCACUAUAUACAGAACAGACGAUUCUUGCUGAUAUUAGGGCCUAUAACCACACACAAGAGAGGAGAUCCUUUGCUGUUAUUAGUGUCUAUGACUACAUAUAGAAGAGGAGAACCUGAUUGAUAUUACUGUCUAUAACUCUAUACAGGAGAGGAGAUCCUCAGUAAUAUUAGUAAUCUAUUACUACAUACAGCACUAGGUUUGGUGACUAUACGUGUGUAAUGUAUGGUGAAAUAUUAGGUUUGGACUGGAGGGUCAGUUAAAGGGGUUAUCUAACAUCUAUUGAAAAUGAUGGAGGGACGAUCCGUUCCAGUGCCAUAUCCUCUCACAUGAUCGCUGCCGGCCAAUCAGUGACAUGUGCACGAACGGCAGGUGACUGCUGAAGCUCAGAAAAGAACCUUGCGUAUUGUCUUGUAGUAUCACAGCGACAGGAAACGCACGUGACCACCCCUGCGGAAGGACAUACAGUGUAUAUAGAGUUUAUAAUAGACCAAAAUACUAUUCUGUACUGUACUGUACUAUUCUGGUGAUGAGGAGCAUCAGGCUGUAAUAUAGUCACUGACCGACUAACGAAAUAAAAGAUUUCCUGAAGUCUCCA